UAUUGAAUUUGAAAUGUUGUGAAUCUUGUAGAUGACAAUGAAUAUAACCCAGAUGAGGAUUUUGGUGACAAUGAGGUGAAUGCAACAAAAUCUAGGAAAUUUGUUAGUGCGAGGGAGUACUACUGCUUCAAACUGCAGGUCAGGAAGAAGCUUUUUAACAUCAUCUUGUUCGGGGCGCGCCUUUUCCAACAGUGGGCUGUUGACAUGUAUAUCAAGAUGGAGACUAUGAGGCUUGACUGGUACUCAAAGCCGGAAAAUCAGAAGGUUAUACGCGCUGACCUCUACCAGGGUCUUGUUGACACUGUCGUUGUCGGCGAGUCACGCGGUGAUCGGAUUGGCAAGAGAAUCGUGCUCCCACGUACAUUUCCGGGUGGUGACCGUGACAUGCAACGGAGGUUUCUAGAUGCGAUGGCAAUAGUCCAGCGGUGGGGUAAACCGGAUUAUUUUAUCACAAUGACUUGCAAUCCUUAUUGGGAGGAGAUAACUGAGAAAUUGUUGCCUGGACAACUGCCACAAGACCGUCCAGACCUGGUGGCAAGAGUAUACAAAGCUAAACAACGAGAUAUGAUGGACUUACUGACUAAGGGUAAGCAUUUCAGAGAAGUUGCGGCUUAUGUACAUGUCACGGAGUUUCAGAAACGAGGUCUCCCGCAUGAGCAUAUACUUCUAAUCAUGAAAGCAAAAAGCAAGUUAGCGACCCCGGAUGACUAUGAUCGGGUGAUAUCUGCAGAGAUACCUGACAAAGAAAAAUACCCCAUUCUACAUGAUCUGGUCAUCAAACACAUGAUGCAUGGACCCUGUGGUGAGUUGAAAAAAAGUUGUCCGUGCAUGAUUGAUGGACAGUGCCGAUUUCAUUACCUGCGAGAUUUUUGCAAUGCCACACAACAAGGGAAAGACUCAUAUCCCAUCUAUAGGAGGAGGGACGAUGGGCGUGGAGUUAGGAUCAGAGGAGCAAAUUUGGACAAUAGAUGGGUGGUCCCUUACAACCCUUUUCUGCUUAUGCGAUACAACUGCCACAUUAAUGUCGAAGCAUGCUCGAGCAUCAAGGCAGUCAAGUACUUGUUCAAGUACAUCUACAAAGGGCAUGAUCGGACAUCCUUUGCAUUCGAGCAGGAUAUCAUCAAUGAUGGUGGAAUCAUCAAUGAAAUCCGACAAUAUAGGGAUGCACGCUAUGUAUCUCCUCCAGAGGCUAUUUACAGGAUUUUUGCUUUUAAAAUGUUUGGUGUUAGUCCAUCUGUGUUGCAGCUCCAGCUUCAUUUGCCAAACAUGCAUACAGUUGCAUUUAAAUCUUGUGAAAAUCUGGAAGAUGUUCUUGCUCGACCAUCUUCUUCCAAGUCCAUGCUUACCCAGUACUUUGAGAUGAACCGAAGGUUUCCGGAGGCACGAAAAUGGUUGUACAGAGAGUUUCCAGAACAUUAUAGAUGGAUAGCUGGAAACAAGGAGUGGCAGAAUAGAAGAAAUAAGAGAUCACAGAUUGGAAGGCUUGUGUAUGCACACCCCACUGAAGGAGAGAGGUACUACUUGCGUGUCCUACUAAGUCAUGUCCGAGGUGCCACUUCAUUUGAUGAUUUAAAAACAGUAAAUGGCAAGGCAUGCAGUUCCUUCAGGGAGGCAUGUGAGCACUUAGGCCUCAUUGAGCACGACAGGACUCUUGAUGAUUGCAUGACGGAGGCAGCCACAUUUCAGAUGCCUUAUGCCCUAAGACGGUUGUUUGCGACUAUACUGGUAUUUUGCGAGGCAACAGAAAUCCGAGAAAUGUGGGACAAGCAUCUAGCAUCAAUGUCUGAGGAUUACCGUCGUAACCAAUCCAAUGAGGCAACACUUGAACAGAUGGUGCUAAGAGAUAUCAGGGAUAUGUUGCAAUCCAUGGGAAAGGAUAUUACAAGCUAUGGACUUCCAGAUCUGGUUGAGACCAAUGGUUCUUAUGAUGGUGAGCACAGAGAGGUAACAAAGGAGAGGCAAGUCACCGUGGACAAAGAACAUCUAGAUCUAUUUAGCAGUUUGAACAGUGAGCAGUUGGCUGGUUUCAAUGACAUAAUGGAUCAUGUGAUGAACCAAAAAAGUCAGGUGUUCUUUGUUGAUGGUCCAGGAGGCACUGUGAAGACGUACUUAUACAAGGCAUUGCUUGCAAAGGUGCGUUCCAUGGGCCAAAUAGCAAUUGCAACUGCUACAUCAGGUAUAGCAGCAUCGAUAAUGCCUGGAGGAUGGACUGCACACUCUAGGUUCAAAAUUUCAAUAAAGCUCACUGACAACAGCAUGUGUAGUUUCACAAAGCAAAGUGGUACAGCGGAGUUGCUUAAAACAGGCGUCCUUAAUAAUUUGGGACGAAGUCGCUAUGACAAAACGUCAAGCUGUUGAGACGCUUGAUAGAUCUUUGUAGGAUAUA